ACCUUAUCCAUUAAAAAAAAAAAAAACUCAGCCCACCAAACUUCACCAAACUCCCACACUUCGCACCACUUCUCAAUUCUUUGGGGCUCCCACGCACUGUUUGUUGAUGGACUAUUGUCUCUCGCGCCAUAGCACCGUCUCCCCCGCCACUUUCUCUUCUCCAUACCCUCCUCCCUCGCUUCGUCAUCCCCUUACUUUCUCUCCCAGAACUGCCUUAAACUUUCCCAACAAUCACCUCCUCUCCGGGCGUGCCGCUUCUGGUCUCUCUAUCAGGCCGGCCGGGAGGACCUUUCCCGUAAUCGCCAGCGCCGGGGCCAGCCCCUGCGAACCAAGUAGCAGCCUCAACUCCCCGCUCGAGCCCCGGUCCCAGCCGGGGAAGUUCUUGAGCAGUGUGUUGCAGAAUCACCGCCAAUUGUUCCACGUCGCUGUCGCGGAGGAGUUGAAGCUCCUGGCCAAUGAUCGCGACGGUGCCGUUUCCCGCAUGCUGCUCACCGUUGGCUCCGAUGAAGCCUGCCUUCACAGGAGGGUUGCACAACUAAAGGAGCAUGAGUGCCAACUCGCCGUUGAGGAUGUCAUGUACAUGCUAAUCUUUUAUAGAUUCUCUGAGAUCAAAGUCCCCUUAGUUCCAAGACUCUCUAGAUGCGUUUAUAAUAGCAGACUUGAGAUUUUGCCUUCAAGGGACUGGGAGUUGGAGUCCAUUCACAACUUGGAGGUUUUGGAGAUUGUCAGGGAACAUGUCACCACUAUCAUUGGCUUGAGAGCAGAUUCUAGUGUAACAGACUAUUGGGCAACAACUAAGAUCACACGACUCAUGCUUGGCCGAGUAUAUGUGGCCUCUGUCUUGUAUGGAUACUUUUUGAAGUCUGCCUCAUUGAGGCACCACUUGGAGCAAAGUCUAGCUUUGGCAAACCAGGACCACCAUCUCGGACGUAGGACCUCCGAUCAGUUCCAAGAGUUGUGUGCUUAUGGAGUGAAAAACCUUGUCUUUGACACUGUCAGUAACAAACAUUCUGUGUCAUAUGGUCAAGGGUCGACUAACCAGGGAAUGAAAGGUGAAUCGUUGAAAUGUUAUGUGAUGGGGUUAGAUCCCGAGACAUUGCAGAGAUGUGCAAAACUGAAGUCCAAUGAGGCUGUUCAUUUGAUUGAGAAUCAUAGCUGUGCACUUUUUGGGGACGGGAAGACUUGUUUGGUUGAGAAUGAUGAGGUAAUCUUGACUUCAUUUUCAAGUCUAAAGAGGUUGGUUUUGGAGGCUGUCGCAUUUGGUUCAUUCCUUUGGGAUACAGAAGAAUACAUUGACACUGUGUAUAAGCUCAAUGAGAAUAAUUAGUUGAACGGAGAGUUUAUUAUGAAGCAAGUAAUUCCCUUUGUAAAUAGUAGUUCCGCAAUGUAUUUACUCACUCUGGUUUGCUAUUUCUCGAGAAUUUUCUGAUGUAUAAAGUAUAGUACAUGGUAUUGUAAAAAAACAUCUUAUAAAGAGUUUUAAUGAAGAUUUAGAAUCAUGUUGCUCAA